AUGGCCGACGGAAAGGAAGAAGAAACAAAGGCUGUAGAAGAAGUUAGUGAAACUAAAGAAGAAACUAAAGAAGAUCAGCCGACUGAGAUUGAAGCUGCAGAAACACCUAAAGAUGCAUCAGAGAAAACACAAGAUGAACCAGCUGAAGGUACACAGGAAGAAUCUCCUAAAGUAACUGAAGAAGAGACAUCAGCUCAAGGUGAGGAUCAAACCACUGAGACACCCAAUGUUGGUAACAAUGCUAAUGAUGAUGUUGUCAAAUCCAAUGAUAAUGAUAAUGUUACUGAUAUUGUUGUCAAUGAUCUUGCUGAAAAUGCCAAUGAUAAUGCCCAGAAUAUUGGUGAUGUAAGUGAUAAUGCCCAAAAUGUCAAUGAUAAUACUGAUGUCAAUGAUAUUGCCCAAAAUGUCAAUAAUGAGAACAAGGAAGCUGAUGAUAACACUGUAAAAGAAGGCAGUGCAGAAAGUGGAAUACCAGAAGUUGAUCAACCAGAAGGCACAACUUUGACCGACACUGGUGGUGAUGACCAGAAACAACCAGAAGAGCCUGAAGCUGCCAAGGAACAAACAGAGGCACCUGAUGAAGCUGGGGAGAAAGUUGAAGGGGAGGGCGCUGCUGUUGUAGAGUCUGGAGAAGUAAAAGAAGAUCAAAAUGCUGAAAAGGUUGAAGGAGAUGAGACACCACAAGCUGAAGAAAAGCCUAGUUCAGAAAAAGGAGAAUCUCCUGAAGAAGGUGCAGCACCAGCUGGUGAUGGUGAAACACCAGCAGGUGAUGGUGAAACACCAGCUGGUGAUAAUACAACACCAGCAGGUGAUGGUGAAACACCAGCUGGUGAUGGUGAAACACCAGGUGUAGAGAGUCAACCUCUAUCAGGUGAAGAACAGUCACCAUCUGGUGAACAAGCUGAAGAUUCCACAAAAUCACCAAUACCUCAGAGUGAUACAUUUACAGAAGGUGACAGAGCAGAAAGUCCUGUACCUCAGACAGUCGGAGAGAAGUUAUCUCGUGGUCCCACACCAGCUUUAGAUGAUAUGUCCAGAGAAGAUACACAGACUGAAAUGUUAGAACCAGGAACUCCAGAGAGACCAGGUACUCCAGUAGAAGGUGAAACUCAACAGGAUGUUCAAAAUGAAGCAGACGAAGAAAAAACACCAGAGCCUCAGUUUGAUAGAGAGGCUUUAAUAGAGAAAUAUAAUGCAGCUUUGGCCGAACGUGAACAAUUGAAACAGCAGAAUUAUCAACUUCAACACAAGCUUGCUGAAUAUUUCCGUAAGAAGAAAUCUGAUGACAGAACAGAUUAUGAUAAAAACGUCACUGAUCAAGAACAGAGAUAUCUCAAAUAUAUGGAUCAAUUACAAGAAUUACAGAAACUAGCUAAAAGAGAGAAAGAAACAUAUAAACUACAAAUUAAUGAUCUGGAAGAUAAAUGCAAGGAGAGAAAGAAGAAAGUAGAUGAAGAAAGAAAUAAAUUUACAGAAUUUAAACAAGUUGUAGCAUUGAAUUCCUUGAAUAGUCGAUCUGGAAAACCAAUUCCACCCAAGGAAGAAUUAGCUGAAGGUUUACAUCUGAUUGAUUUUGAACAACUGAAAAUAGAAAACCAGACGUAUAAUGAAAAGAUAGAAGAAAGAAAUGAGGAACUGUUAAAAUUAAGAAAGAAAAUCACCAGUACUGUUCAAGUUUUAACACAUUUAAAAGAAAAAUUACAAUUUGUCCAAGCUGAAAAUCAAGUCCAGAAGAAAAAUUUAAAUGAUGUUGAAGCCUUGGUUGGUCAGAAAAGAGAUAUUUUAUCCAGAACCAAACAAGCCAGAGACUCUUUAAGAAUUGAUAAUCAUAAAUUACGGCAAAACUGUGGAUUGCUGGGUAACGAACCAUUAUUACGAGACUUUGAAGAAAGAAAAGAUGAAGGUGAUGACCUCAAAAUAAAAUUAGAAGAAUUGCGCUCAAUUCAUGCGGAAUUGGCUCUGAAUUGUAAUCAAGUUAGAAGAAAAAUUGAACAAGCUAGAAUGGGACAAGUUUAA